GUUCUAUUGAAGUGGUAGAUGUAUGUCUGUAAUGGAAUUUUGUUCAGGUUGUUUUUAUUCCUCAGGCCCCGGUCACAAUCUCACCACAAGCGUUCAUUCAGAGGCGAAUUACAUUUAAUGGUUUGAUUGGAUGCGUCUUGGAAUGUCAACUGCUGUGGAAUGAACGCAGUAGCUGAGAUGUUUUUCAUUUUUCUCUGAGCAUGUGCAAGUGAUUGGACUGAGAGGCCCCGAUUGAGGCGUAGGACAUUUUUCUGAGUUUCUUCGUAGUUGAGACGAGUGCGAGAGCAGAAAUCGGAAGAUAUGGAGUCAGGGGCGACUUCCAGGCCUGGUAAUAGGCCACGCAUGUUCAUGUGCUACCUUUGUGGCCGCGAAUAUGGCACCAAGAGGUCAUCAUUCUCACGCAUUUGAUGUAAAGCUAAAGAAUUCUACAAAAACGUUUAGAAAGCAAACCCUAACGUGUAUGACGCAUCGCAGUUUGCCAAUCCACAUUCCACAAUGCCAAAAGAAGUGGCUACUGGAAGAGGAGAACAAGCCCAAGAAUCAUCGGCGCCCUUUGCCACCUCAACCUAAUCUCGAGAAAGCCAUCAGCAAUGGUGAUGCCCAAGCUUUCGAUGUCUUCAACAGCGAGGCAUUAGAAGCAUUUGAGCAAACUUUGCAGCAGUGUCAUCACUGCCAGCGGCGGUUCCUUCCCAAACCCUAUUUGCACCACCAGAAAGGCUGUACAGCAGUAAAUCCUGCGAAGCCUGCUGGGACUGGACUAAUUCCUAUUUCUCUCACUAACAGGCUGGUUCCGGGCGCAAUAGCUGGAUCUAUGCAUGGCAAUGCAAGAACUCAUGUGCCACUUCGUCUCUGUAAACCUGCAGAGAAGUCCAAGCUUGCAAAUUCUGUGAAAAUGUCGAGGCCGGUAUCCGCAAGGCCGGUGUGGACUGGCGCUGGUGGAGAUGAUCCAUCUUUGUUUGAUGUCAGGGAUCCCGGACAGAGCUCCAACUGGAAUAAUAACCUUUGUAACGAAACUGAGAAUUGUAGAAAGCUGACGAAUCCCAGACCCUUCUCAGUCCACAAAGGAAAUGAGGAACUGAAGUUGUCGGUGGCGUUGGCAGAUGACGACAAAUCGCAGCUGGCGGAUACGUUUGAAAACCUGUGGCAAGCCCACAGCAGGGCAGACAAUCUGCGUCUUCCACGGCGAAGGAGCGGUGGCGCCCAGGAGUGGUGCUCGCAGGGGGAGACCAACACGAGCUUGUCUUCGAGACGAGAUGCUAAUCCACGGCCUAAGAGUGCUCUCUCCUCGCAAAACAGACGGCCUCUGAGCGCCACCUGCCAUGACUUCCAAGGUCAUCUGUUACGAGAUUCAAGGCAAGCAGAGUGCAAUGAAAACUGCACACUACCGGAAAGUAAGUGUACAGGAGAGAGUAGAGAACAGCGUUGCCAUCUCUAGAAUUACCUUUUGACGUGAAGAGAAAGAAGACAUUUGUUGAUACUUGGUGGUUUAGAAGAAUAGCGGACAGACUACACUGGUAAUCGAUUUUUGUUUUCUACUGUUGAACUUGCAGCUAGGUGGCUCCCAUUCCGGAUGCCAAUUUGUAUACAAGUUGCACACCUUCGUCCCUAAAAAGAGACACUCCACAGUUAACAUCGAAUAGUUCGUUAUUGGGCACUAA